CCUCCCACCCCGCCACCCGCCCCCCGACAUGCGACCCCCGGAGCGAGCUGUCUGGAUGCUGGUGGCCGUCUCCCUCCUGCACGCAUCUCUGCAGGGCGAGUUCCAGAGGAAGCUAUACCGGCAGUUGCUGAAAAACUACAACCCCCUGGAGAGGCCAGUGGCCAACGACUCCCAGCCUCUCACCGUCUACUUCACCCUCAGCCUCAUGCAGAUCAUGGAUGUGGAUGAGAAGAAUCAAGUUUUAACCACCAACAUUUGGCUGCAAAUGUCCUGGACAGAUUACUAUCUGCAGUGGAACGUGUCCGAAUACCCCGGGGUCAGGAGCGUCCGCUUUCCCGAUGGCCAGAUCUGGAAGCCGGAUAUCCUGCUCUACAACAGCGCUGACGAGAGAUUCGAUGCCACGUUCCACACCAAUGUCCUGGUGAAUUCCUCUGGACACUGCCAGUACCUGCCCCCAGGCAUUUUCAAGAGCUCCUGCUACAUCGACGUGCGCUGGUUCCCCUUCGACGUGCAGCAGUGCAAACUCAAGUUUGGCUCCUGGACGUAUGGCGGCUGGUCGCUGGAUCUGCAGAUGCAGGAAGCGGACGUGUCCGGCUACAUCUCCAACGGCGAGUGGGAUCUCGUAGGUGUUCCUGGCAAGAGAAGCGAGAGGUUUUAUGACUGCUGCAAAGAGCCGUACCCGGACGUGACCUUCACAGUGACGAUGAGGCGUAGGACGCUCUACUACGGUCUCAAUCUCCUCAUCCCCUGCGUGCUCAUCUCCGCUCUGGCCCUGUUGGUCUUCCUGCUGCCGGCAGACUCUGGAGAGAAAAUUUCGCUGGGGAUCACCGUCUUGCUGUCUCUCACCGUCUUCAUGCUCCUCGUGGCUGAGAUCAUGCCAGCGACGUCCGACUCGGUGCCGCUGAUCGCGCAGUACUUUGCCAGCACCAUGAUCAUCGUCGGCCUGUCCGUGGUCGUGACGGUCAUCGUCCUACAGUACCACCAUCAUGACCCCAACGGGGGCCGCAUGCCCAAGUGGACCAGAAUCAUCCUCCUGAACUGGUGUGCCUGGUUCCUGCGCAUGAAGCGUCCGGGGGAGGAGAAGGUACGGGGUCCGGUCUGCCAGCCCAAGGUCCGCCGCUGCAGCCUGAGCAGUGUGGAGAUGACCGCCCUGGCUGGCCAGCCACCCCUCGCCCCCACCGCCGCCCCCGCCGCCAAUGGGAACAUGCUCUACAUUGGCUUCCGUGGGCUAGAUGGGGUCCACUGCUCACCCACCCCGGACUCAGGAGUCAUCUGUGGCCGGCUGGCCUGCUCGCCGGCCGAGGAGGAGCGCCUGCUGGGUGGGGGUGGGGGCCGCCGCUCGCCCGACGGGGGCCCGGACCUGGCCAAGAUCCUGGAGGAGGUUCGCUACUUGGCCAACCGCUUCCGCGAGCAGGACGAGGAGGCGGCUGUCUGCAGCGAGUGGAAGUUCGCUGCUUCGGUGGUGGACCGCCUGUGCCUCAUGGCCUUCUCCGUCUUCACCAUCAUCUGCACCAUUGGCAUCCUUAUGUCAGCGCCCAACUUCGUGGAAGCCGUGUCCAAGGAUUUUGCCUGAUCCCCUGUGGCUUGGGGGAUUUAGGGGGGCACUUCAGGACGUUCCCACACCCUACCCCCACCUCUCCCAUGGAGGCUGGGUUUGGGCCUGGGCUCGUUGGAUGCGUGGUGGAGGUGAGGGCAGGGGAAUGGGAGACCCCCUUCUUCCCACCAGAUGGCCCAUCCCCUUUUCACGGCACCUGGACAUGGUCCAAACUGUUUCUGCACACCCUUCCUGGUGCUGCAGCCCGGACUGGGCAGAGACCCAACCCUCCCCCAGUGCUGCCCAAUGUCUGGGCAUGAUCAAUCACACUGGCUCCCUCUCCUCAAGGGCCAGACCCGCCCCCCCACCCCCCACCCCGCUCACUCAACCCGUAACACAGGGCGGAGGGUGACAGGGCCUUCCGGCCAUGCCCAAGCUGCCACCCGCAUGGUGUCCUGCUUCCCCUGGGCAAGGGAGAAGGACCAAUCCCACCCCUUCACCCACUGCCGAAGCGCUGGGUACGGGCUGGUGAUUGGAAAACUAAGGUCCAGCCCCUGGGUGCCCCCUCACUUCCCUCUCCCCGUCACCACACUGGACACUGGGCCUGUCAUAGUGAUUAUAUAGGCUGGGCCAACAGUCUGCUCCUGGCCCUUACUACCCCCGUUUCCCAGUUAGAGGCAGGAGAUGCUCCCAGUAGGCAGCCCCUCUCCGCCUUUGGCAGGUUGUAGCUACAGCCAGGGUCCCCACCAUCAGCUACCCAGGUGUGUCUGGGGCUGGUAUUCUCCCCUCCAGUACUAUGUGGCCAGAGGGAAGAAUCUAGCUUCAAGCUGCCCCCUUCCCCAAAUGUGGCCAACUGCCUAGUGGGGCUGGACAGACACUGGGUGGGAGUCAGUCAGUCGGCUGUAUUGAUUGAGCACUUAUUGUGUGCAGAGCACUGUACUAAGAGCUUGGGAGAGUACAAUAUAACAAUAAACUGACACAUUCCCUACCCACAACAAGUUUACAGUCUAGAGUCGGUCAGAUGGCCAGCCACCGAGCUCCCCAGAGCAGCCGGACUGAGGAAAUGUUUUCGUGGCCUGUACCACAUGGAGGACAGAGGCCAGGACUUGAGUCUCUCGGCCACAAGUGGCUGCCGUUAUGCCCCUUGAGCCCCAGGCAUUGUCCAGUUGCCUGCCCCAGGCGGUGCGUCCACAGGUGCAGAGAAGUGGAAUGGUCACGGCCAGCUCUCCCUCUCCCACCAGGCUCAGGAGAGAGAACCCAGGGCUCUGACCACUGUCCAGGAUAUAUAUAUUGAGCACAAACUAAGCGUUUAAGAAAGAAUAACGAGCACGAGACCUGUUUCCUGCCCUCGAACAGCUUCCCCUCUCCACUAAAGCCUGGGCCAUUAAAAGGGCCUGGAGGUGGGCCACCAGAGGCAGGCUUCCAAUUACCUUUGGCCACAUUAAGCAUCCCUUGGCCUUCUAAGAGCUUUGCAGUGUCCCCUCCCCACUGAUCUUGCAGUUGGCACCAGCUGCCCGACAUUACUAUCGCGUGACAGGGCUGUGCCAGAGCCUGGGAGCCACUGGAUUAGCUCUUGGCACAUCUGAGGGGCAUCCUAGGGUCAUUAGCGGAUUCUACCUGCUGCUUAGGCAACUGACCAUCCGGGCAUUUCCCCCCAAAUCCAUCCCACCCGGGCCCUGGAGACCCUAUCUGGGGGGGCCGGGCCACCACAGGAAGUAGGGCUUAUUGUGUCUGUCGGGUCACUGGCCUCGCCCAGGGGACAGUGGAAGCAGGGCAGUGGUCUAGUCCCAAGCAGACCAGCCCCUCCCUGCAGUGCUUCCCAGCACAAAGUGGUGUGACGGGGCAGGAUUUCCAGUUCCCGUGCGUCCCAGAUGAGCAGAGGAGAGUGGAUGAGGCCCCCCUCGCUGGUGUGAUUUUUGUCCACUUCCUGGUGUACCCCCAAGACCUUUUCUCCUGAGCAGCAACAGGAAGAAGGACCAUGGGUCCACCUGUCCCCUCUGGAUUUACCACAGACUCGCUGGUCAGCCUUGCGGCAGGGGAUCCUGGAUGCCGGCUGACCCACUCCCACCGCAUCUCCGCACUCAUUCCUUCCCAGCAAUGAGUUGGGGUGCCAAACGGGCUCACCUGGAUUUUUCUGUGACUCGACUCAAAGGAAAAAUCCCCUUUUUAAUGUUUGUGAAAAAUACUUCACUAAGUCAUAAAGCCCAAGGUGAGCCCUAGUCGUUAUUUUUAAAAAGGGAAAGAUAUAGCUCCUAAGAGCACUGAGGAAAAUGGUAAAUUAUUUAGGUGGGACCCCCACCUUCGUGGAAGGGAUUUUUUUUUAAAUUUUUGAAACUUCACACCUGUUGCUUUGGGGCCUGGCUCAUCUCUCCCUCCACCCUCUGACUUCCCACUUUGUACUAACGUGAGUCACCAAGUGUCUGCAGGCUUGUCUUUAUGGCGACUGGCUUGUGUUUCUGCUCAUUCGGAUUGUCGUGGGGCUAGUGUAGACCCGUAUCCAUGGAACUGUUCUACACACGGGAGGUUGUGUAUCGCCAAAGGUAUUUACUGAGCAUCUGCCAAGGUGCAGAGCGCUGUAGCGGAUGUCUGCUAUGUACAGAGCCUGUAUAAGCACACGGGAGAGUACACUAGAUGCAAGACACACCCUCUCUGUCUUGUGAGGCCUUUCAUUUGAAUGUGCAGAAUUAAAUAUUUUAAAUCAGC